AUGACAUCAAUCACUUCCCCUAAUAAAAUCACACCUCAAAGACCUGCUCAUCCAUCUUCCAACGUCCAUCCCAAGCCCAACACCACACGUCGAUCAACCAUCGCUCCAUCAAGCAAGAUGACCUCUCCUACACCUACCAACACGCUAAUUUCUAAACCUAUCGCCCCCAUCGAUACUAACAGAAGGACCAAUACGCUUCCAGCUAAAGUUUCCAGUCCCAGUGGGGGUGGUGGCGGUGUACCCAUCAAUGCCGCGAAGGAGUUCAUGCAUAUGAACAAAACCAUCGGUCAUGCUGCCACACCUGGAAAUACUCUGAAUAGUCUUGAACAAAUCACAAAUAGGAUCGCCAAUAAUCUAGGUGGGAUAGGGGAAAUGGAUGAGAAUAGGAUUGCACCUAGUUAUGAAAGAAACUUCAGGGCGGGACUUGGUGAUUUAGCUCGUCGUCUUUCUUCUCCCAGUGUUGUAAAAUCGCCUGCAAGCCCUGUCAUGUCCCCUACCGCACCAUCAAGUAUGAUCUUCAACGAGCCUAAUAGCCUCUUAAAGAAGAACGAAUGGCCUACGUCGUUCUCCGAUAUGGAUGCCGCUACCGCUUCGAUGAGAUCAGAUGGGACCGAUCUGAUUAAGAGAUCCCCUGACAAGGCAGUUAAAUUUGAAGAGGGGAAGUAG